UCACGAUCCUAUACAUCCAGGAACACACAGCAGACGGCUAUAGACGCAUAGCCAUGCACUCACCUCCAGCCAUUGGAAUACAAGUAGCCAUGGGAUUAUAACUCUGGAGAACUCUGCUGCCUCCUCCACGUUGCUUAAGGUCUCCCAGGGAUUGUUCCACUUGUCUCGUGGAAGGGGUGAUUCAUUUCAUUGGUGUUCUUGUGCAUAGUUCAGGAGCGUGCUUAUGUUUUCUGCUGCCUCAUUUUAUGUGGUUACAGUGGAUAACGGGUUAACACACUUUGGUUAUAGGGGACCGUUCCCCAACUUCCCUCAAAGAUUUCAUGUUAGCCCUGCAUCAGAAUGCUGGGCAAGAAUCGAUGACCGACUGGCUUCCAAUCAUGAACAAUUCUACUUCUGACCCGCUGACCCCUAAUGCUACAGAGAAUCCAUACCGUGACCCCUUUGGAGGCCAUGCCGUGUGGGAGGUGGUGCUUAUUGUCCUUACAACAGGAAUCCUUUCAUUUAUCACUGUAGUUGGAAAUAUCCUGGUUCUCUUGGCCUUCAAAGUCAACAGUGACCUAAAGACCGUCAAUAACUACUUCUUACUUAGUUUAGCAUGUGCUGAUGUUGUCAUUGGUGCUUUGUCCAUGAACUUGUACACAACCUACAUUAUAAUGGGUCGUUGGGCACUUGGCAGUAUUUCCUGUGACCUGUGGCUGGCGGUAGAUUAUGUUGCAAGUAACGCUUCUGUGAUGAACCUGCUGAUUAUAAGCUUUGACCGCUAUUUUUCAAUUACUCGGCCACUGACAUACAGGGCUAAGAGGACACCCAAAAGAGCAGCUAUUAUGAUUGGGUUAGCAUGGAUUAUUUCAUUUAUAUUAUGGGCACCCGCUAUAUUGUGUUGGCAGUAUAUCGUUGGUGAAAGAACAGUAGAACCUGACAAAUGCUACAUCCAGUUCUUGUCACAACCUAUUAUCACAUUUGGCACUGCCAUUGCUGCCUUUUACUUGCCAGUAACUAUCAUGAUUAUACUGUACUGGAGAAUCUACAGAGAGACAGAGAACAGGAGCAGAGAACUGUCUGGCUUGCAAGGCUCGGAGACUGAAAACAUUGUUCGUCCUUUGGGGAGUGUCAGAAGUGGUAGCAGCAGUGGAGUGGGUGAAACAGAAAAAUUGUCCAGAUCACAAAUGGUGGUGCCAAGGGUCAAGAGAGCAUGCUGUUUUCCUGGUAAACUUUCUGCAAGUCCAUCACUUAGAAGCUAUCCUCAACAACGAAGUAACGGGAGCUGGAAUACUAUGGAAGACGCUGCUUCUGCAGACUCACUCUCCUCUUCUUCUGAUGGAGAUGAACAUCCAUAUGAGAUGAAGAGCAUCUGCUCAGCCGUCAUACGACUACCGAUGGUCAGCACUGUUGUUGUAACACCCGCCGGUUCUCAUGGGUCCAAUGACACCCUUGGGCGGGGGGAUGUAGAGAAUGAAGCCAACGGAGGAAAGCGAGAGGUAUCUAGAAAAUCAUCACGAUCCCAGGCCACAGCUUUGCCAUCAACAGUUAUUAAAGCUAAAAUCGAAAAAACCCGUCAUGGAAAGAGGAAAAGUAAUUCACUCAUCAAGGAAAAGAAAGCAGCAAGGACAUUAAGUGCUAUACUGCUUGCUUUUAUUUUGACCUGGACUCCUUACAAUAUCAUGGUGCUAGUGUCCACGUUCUGUAAGGACUGUAUUCCAACAACGUUGUGGGAGCUGGGUUACUGGUUAUGCUACGUUAACAGUACUGUCAACCCCAUGUGUUAUGCACUCUGCAACCGCUCAUUCAGGCGCACUUUCAAAAUGCUUCUACUUUGUCGAUGGGACAAGCGGAAAUGGAGGCCACACAGGCACACAGCAGCUUUCUUUAGGACCCCAUCACAGUGAAUGGGACACAGAUUAUUUUGUGUGACAAAAGUUGUGCUAAAAGGUCCCAAGAAGACAAGGAGUUGCCUGCAUGUGUGGCUCAGAUGGGCUACAAUGAACACGCUAUCCCUGUGAUGAAAAUAGGGACAGAGAAGGAAGAAGCAAUGGACUAAGCCCCUCACCAGGGACACUAUGACUGAUCCAUUAGAAUUUUCCUACAUGAAGUCUGGCUGUCUUGGGUUGAACACGUCUUGUACAUGUUAUUCUGAACUAAGGGAAGGAGGGGGAUUUUAGGGAAGGCCAGUCUAAAUGUUCUAGGGAUAAUAUUCCAUCUUUAUGCUCAUGGGAUAUCCCUGCUGUGCCAAACCAAACAAACCAAAAAGACAGGCCAAAGAACAUGGUAAGGUUUUCUAUUGUUUACAAACAGUUUUAAGGGGAAGGGCUGUGUAUUUAUUCUGAUUUCAAGUAAAUAAAAAAAAAAACUGAUACUACAAAAAGUGCACGUGAUGGCCUCCGCCAUGUCUUCUUCUACAUCUUCAUGGUGACUUGGAGCUCCCGUCAUUGUAAUCUCAAGCU